AUGGGACUCCGGAGCAUGAACUGGGAUGAGUGGAUCGAACUCGAUAACCACUACCUCCGCUACCACGGCGACAAAGCCCAGCGCAUUAAAGACCGGGGCUCGAAAUGCUGUCGAACCGCGCCCGAGGCAAUGGAUGCGGCGAUUGAGUUGUUGGAGGAAUUAACAAACUACCUCCCCGAACGCUACCCAACCCUCUUCCACCGCACCCCCACCGGCCUCACGAACCUCAUAACCCACGAAACCUUCGACAUCACAACGCGCCCCCUCCCCGAAGACCCCAUGACAACCUGCGCGCGUCUCAUCCAAGACGACAUCGCGAUAAUGAUCGAACGCCCGGACGGCGACUACUACCUCCUCGCAGGCGCAAUCCUCCUCGCCGGGUUCUGGCGCCUCGAAGACAAAUACGGCCUGCGACUCUCCGAAAUCCACACGUCCGGCAACGUACCAGGCUACAAAACCAAGCUCGAAAAAGGAAUGCUGAAUUUCUUCCGCCGCCUGAAACCUUCAGACCCCGUCAUUCGAAACAAUUACUUCAUCCAAGUCGACGAACACCUGCCCUGGUCAGUUAGUAUCGGCGACGAAGACGGCGACGGCGUCGGGUGGAAUACAGCGGAGAAGAACAAGGCGAUCGAGAACCAUUAUUUCAGGUCGGAGAGGCAGUCGCUACGACGGUUGCCGAGGUCGGGUGGGGUGGUGUUUACGAUCCGCACGUACUUCGAGCCAAUUGUGGACGUGGCGAAAGAGGAUUAUGUGCCUGGGAGGUUGGCGAGCGCGGUGAGGAGUUGGGGGGAUGAUGUUGCGGUUUAUAAGGGGAGGGAGAGGUAUGGGGAGGUGUUGUUGGAGUAUUUGGAUCGGAUGCAUGAGGAGCAGGUUAGGAAUGGGUUGGAUGUGGAAGGGGAGGAGGAGAGGAGGAAAUAUCCUUUUUGA